AUGAAGGUUUUUGCGCUCAUUUUGGGCCUCACUGUGGCGCUGAAGCCACUGAAAUACUCGAGUUUGGAUAGUUACAGUGACUUCUGCUCGCAGAUUUCUACAUUCGAAGCAGAAUAUGACCAUUUUUCUACGAGAAAUACCCAGAAAAUUGAGAUUCGAGUGAUUACUGAUGAUAGGUUCUAUCAAGCUGGAGGACCGGUGCUCUUUUAUACUGGAAAUGAAGGUGAUAUUCAACUUUUCUGCGAAAAUACCGGAUUUAUGCGAAAGGCGGGUAAGGAACUCAACGCGAAGCUUGUCUUCAUGGAACAUCGCUACUACGGAAAAAGUAUCCCCGAUGACAAGAAUUUGUACUUAUCUGCUGAGCAAGCGUUGGCCGAUUACGCUCAGUAUCUUGUCCAUCUUAAAUCUUCAGGUGUGACUGGACCCGUCAUCGCUAUGGGCGGUAGCUACGGUGGCAUGCUUGCAGCUUAUUUCCGAAUCAAGUACCCAAAUCUCGUUACUGGUGCCAUUGCUGGCUCUGCACCAGUCAAAUUCCUCCCAGGUCUCUUUGACUGUCGAGGCUUCUACCAGGUCACCACGAGGACCUUUUCCAACACUCCAGCAGGCCACUUCUGCUCUGAUAAUAUCCGAAAGUCUUGGGAAACAAUCAAGCUUAUCGGCAGCCACAUGGUCGGAAAACGCACUCUAUCGGAAACCUUCCGUACAUGCAAACCGAUCACGGACGUUGAACCACUUCUAGACUUUUUGGAAGAUGUUUGGGGAACUCUUGCGAUGAUGGACUAUCCUUAUCCUACUAACUUUGUCGGUGAUGUUCCUGGCUGGCCCGUAAACGUCGCCUGUAGCCAUUUGGAUCAUGACAUCAACCAGGAAGAACUUCUCGAGCCUUUGAGAGAUGCUGCUUCCGUCUAUUACAAUUAUACCGGGCAGCUAGAAUGUCUCGAUCUUGGCGAUGAAGGUGGAGAUCUUGGAUACGACAAUUGGUACUUCCAGACAUGCACCGAAUUCGUUUUUCCUUUCUGCUCGGACGGCAAAGAAGACAUGUUCCGAGUCCACACUUACGACUUCCCAACAUACUCUGCAAACUGCGAAUCGACCUUUGGAACAACCCCUCGUGAGCACUGGGCAGAGAUGUUCUUCUCUGUUGAGACAAUGAAAACCAUCGGUGGCAUAAUCUUCUCGAAUGGAUUACUCGAUCCGUGGUCUUCUGGAGGAGUUCUCGCUGCAGAAGAAGCUGGCCCCAGAAAUUACGUGUUUAUUCUUUCCAAAGGCGCUCACCACUUGGACCUUCGAGCAGACAACCCAGCUGAUCCUGAAGAAGUGACCGCUACUCGAACUGAGUACAUUACAAUUUUGAAAAAUUGGAUCGCCGAUGCAAACACUGCUUCUUCUUCCUUUUCUGAAACUUCUAAAAAGCUGCUAUUUUCACCCAAAAAAGUUCAUGAUAUAUAA